AUGGACAUUGAGAUUGACGGUCCUAUUACUCUCCAAAAGCUGCUACAAAAUGGUGAACGCUAUGUACGCGAACUUCUAGUUAAGGGGAGUAAUGGUGAUGGUUUAAAAUCUGGUGUUAAGCGAAAACGGGAACGCAUUUCGUCUUCGGAUGGUAAAAAUAUCAAACAACCGUCAAUAAUUAUAGGGAAAACUAAGCCUUAUCAAUUAGAAGGGCUUAAAUGGCUAGUAGGAUUAUAUGAUAGUGGUCUUAAUGGCAUCCUGGCUGAUGAAAUGGGUUUGGGCAAAACUUUCCAGACAAUUUCUCUACUAGCCUUUCUAAAGGAAUCCAGAGGCAUAGAAGGUCCGCAUUUGAUACUAGCCCCAAAAUCCACUAUAGGCAAUUGGAUGAACGAGCUUAAACGUUUUUGCCCUUCACUUCGUUGUUUGAAAUUUUUGGGUAAUAGGGAAGAGCGGUCUCAAAUGAUAGCAACUGAACUAGAUCCAACCAAGUACAACGUAUUCGUUACUAGUUAUGAAACAUGCUGUAAGGCUAAGGGACCGUUGAAUCGAAUUUCUUGGAACUAUAUAAUAAUCGAUGAAGCACAUAGGAUUAAGAAUGAAUUAUCGAAGUUGAGUGUUGUUGUUAGGUCACUAAGCACGGAAUACCGAUUAUUGAUCACGGGAACUCCAUUGCAAAACAAUUUAAAAGAACUUUGGGCUCUCUUGAAUUUUUUGUUUCCCGAGAUUUUUUCCUCUAGUGAGGAAUUCGAAGAAAUGUUUAAUUUUACAGCUGCAGAAAGCAUGCAAAAUGAAGAUAGAGAGAAGCACAAUUUGGAGAUUGUUAAGCGAUUACAUGCUAUACUGAGACCUUUUAUGCUGAGAAGGGCUAAGAAAGAUGUACUGCAAGAUAUGCCUUCUAAAAACGAGAUGUUGCUAAUGAUACCCCUUAGGGGUAUCCAAAAAAGACUAUAUCAAGAUUUACUAAGAAAAAAUGCAUUAGACGUAUCCCAUGAUAAUGGUAAUGAAUAUAUAAACCUUAACUCACAAAACCCGACAUCUAAUGUACAGUUAUUAAAUUUAGCAAUGCAAUUACGAAAAGCAUGCAAUCACCCAUAUUUGUUCGAAGGUUAUGAGAAUCGCAAUCUAGACCCUUUUGGUGAACAUCUGGUUGAAGCGGCUGGCAAACUAAAAGUGUUGGAUAAACUUUUAUCCCGUUUAUACGAAGAAGGAUCCAGAGCCUUGUUGUUUAGCCAAAUGACCAGGAUGCUGGAUAUACUUGAAGACUAUUGCAGAAUGAGAGGUUAUAGUUACUUUCGAAUUGAUGGUAACACUGAAACGCAUGAUCGUGAUUACCAAAUUUCAGAAUACAAUAAGGAAGGCAGUACUGUUUUCUUAUUCCUUCUCUCCACUAGAGCUGGAGGGUUAGGUAUUAACUUAGCCUCGGCAAAUGUAGUAGUACUAUAUGAUUCAGAUUGGAAUCCACAGGUUGAUCUUCAGGCCGUUGAUAGGGCACACAGGAUCGGACAAACUAGACCAGUUAGCGUAUAUAGAUUGGUUCAUGAACAUACAAUUGAGGAAAAGGUCAUUGAGCGUGCUACACUUAAGCUACAAUUGGAUUCAGCAGUCAUUCAACAAGGAAGAUUAAGCCAUUCAAAACAGGGCAAAUCGGGCCGAGUGGGUGCAAGUGAACUAUUGGCUAUGGUUCAAUUUGGAGCUGACCAUAUUUUCAAGGCUGAUACCGAUGAGAUUACCGAUCAUGACUUGGAUGCAAUCCUUUCAAGGGGUGCUGAACAGGCUGCCAAACUGAAUAGCAAAUUACAAACACACGUUAAAAAGGCUCUUUUGGAUUUUAGCGCUACUACACAACACUCAUUGUAUGAAUUUGAGGGGAUUAACUAUAGCAAAGACAAAGAGGCUUGGAACAACAUUGUGCAGGAGUCUAAGGCGCUACAGGAAUCUCAGCAUGCUGGAAGGACGCGUGAGGCUAGGAGAUUGAGACAAAGACUUAAGUUUUUUGAUGAGGAGUGGGGUGAAGACUCUAAUGAUCAAAGUUCUGACAAUACUGGGAUGUAUAUGCCUCCAAAACAUACAGUUGUACAUACUCCCCUAAAAUUACCACAUAUGCAGGACUGGCAAUUUUACGAUCGUGAUCGCAUACUAACAUUACACAACAUAGAAUUGGAACGUCACAAUGCCACCGGUUCAACUGAGGGUCUAGAGGAGGAAAGAAAGCUCAAGGAACAGCUUAUAUCACAAGGUUUUGGAAAUUGGUCCCGCCGUGAUUUUCUUAAUUUCAUUAGGGGUAACGAACAAUUUGGGCGGGAUGACAUUGAGGGCAUUUCAUCAGUGGUGGAAUGUAAAACUGUUGAACAGGUCAAGGCAUACAGGGAUAAAUUUUGGGAGUGCUACACUCAAAUUGCAGACUGGCAAAAAUUCAUCAAAAGGAUUGAGACUGGGGAUGCCCUUGUUGCAAAGAAAAAGGCGAUUCACAAGGUGGCUGUAGAGAAGGUUAAAACGGCAUAUUUAACUGGCACAAUAUCUUUGAUUGGAAAGGGGAAGAGCGUUUAUACCGAUGAAGAGGAUAGGUGGAUUCUUAAUAUGUUGACAAUUACUGAUUAUGGAAGGUGGAACAAAUUUGCAGAAUAUGCUAAAAAUGAUCCCCGUUGGAAGUUCAACUGGUUUAUCAAGUCCCGAUCGCCAAAUGACUUUCAUAGACGUGCGGAAUAUGUGGCUAAGCUUGUAAAAAAGAGUUGA